UUUGUACUUUCUCCUCUGGGCCUCCAGCAACAGCAGCGGCAUCCAGAGCCUCAUCCUCAUGUCCUGCCUGAGUCCCUCGCAGCUCCAGAAGUUUCAGGAGGAUGGAUUCCUGGUGCUGGAAGGAUUUUUCUCUGCCGAUGAAUGUGCCGUCAUGCAACAGAGGAUUGGCAAGCUAGUGGCUGACAUGGAUGUCCCUGUCCACUGCCGCAUAGAAUUUUCUACCCGGGAAGAGGAGCAGCUGAGAACCAAAGGCCAGGGUGACAAAGACUAUUUCUUGAGCAGUGGUGACAAGAUUCGAUACUUCUUUGAGAAAGACGUUUUCGACGAGAAAGGAAAUUUCCUGGUCCCUCCAGAGAAAUCCAUCAAUAAAAUUGGCCAUGCUCUGCAUGCCUAUGACCCUGUCUUCAGGAGUGUCACACACUCCCCCAAGGUGCAGGCCUUGGCCAAAAGUCUGGGCUUCCAGAUGCCCGUGGUCGUGCAGAGCAUGUACAUCUUCAAGCAACCUCUCUUUGGUGGCGAAGUCGUCCCUCACCAGGACUCCACCUUCCUGCACACGGAGCCGCUGGGCCGGCUGCUGGGCCUGUGGAUAGCACUGGAGAAUGCCACUCUGGAGAAUGGCUGCCUCUGGUUCAUCCCAGGCUCCCAUACCGGUGGGGUGUCAAGAAGGCUGGUACGUACCGGUGAUGGAUCAAAGCCUGACGUCGGCUUCCUCGGGUCAGAGCCUGUCUGGGAUGCCAGCCUCUUUGUGCCCACCCCGGCGCGGAGAGGGGACCUUGUCCUAAUUCAUGGGGAAGUGGUACACAAGAGUGAGAAGAACCUCUCCGACCGCUCACGCCAUGCCUAUACUUUCCACCUCAUGGAGAGCUUGGGCACCGUCUGGAGUUCAGAGAACUGGCUCCAGCCCUCAGCUGAGCUGCCCUUUCCCCCACUGUACACCUGAGCGCUCUCUCCAGGCUGGGCCUGGCCCCUCCAGGGGAAGCUAUGGGACCCACGUACCAGCAUCUUGCCGGCUGCCCAGCUGCCAAGGGGAAGUCGAAUCUGUCCCCCUGUGCUUUCUUCCUGCCAGGGUCUGUGCCCCUCAGCCCUGCAGAGAGAAGGGCGGGAGGUAGCCAGCAGGCAGCAGGAGCCCUCAGUGGGACGGUUGGCUUUCCGGAGACCUCCGUCUCUCUGCCUCUCUCCUGCCCCACGCCAACCUUCCCCGGGGGAGGCAGCCUUUCACCAUGAAAGCAUUCUGGCUACUUCUCUGCUAGCUUC